GCCGAUCAAAAAGAGCGACAGGUAUCAUGUUUGACAUAUGGCAUUAUUUACUGUGUAACAUUUUAAAUAAGAAAAAACAUGAAUUGGAUAAUGUUCCUACGAAUAUAAUAGUGCAAUAAAUAUAAGAUAAGACAAAAACAUAUUUCAAAAUGAAGUUAGUAUCGAAGAAUAUAGAUAAAGAUGGGAAAGGGAGCGUGGCUCUUGUUCCUGAAAAUACAGAGGAUAUGUGGCAUGCCUAUAACAUAAUUAGUGAAGGAGACUUAGUUAGCUGUUCUACUUUUAGGAAAGUGCAAAUGGAAUCAGCAACUGGCAGUUCUAACAGUUAUAGAGUUAGAACCACUCUUACAAUAAGUGUAGAAAAUAUCGACUUUGAUACACAAGCAUGUGUUCUAAGACUUAAAGGCAGAAAUGUGGAAGAAAAUAAAUAUGUUAAGAUGGGAGCAUAUCAUACACUGGAUGUUGAACAAAAUCGGAAGUUUACUAUCACUAAAGUCAAGUGGGAUUCUAUUUCUUUGGAUAGAGUUGAUACUGCGUGCGAUCCUGCUCAGAAUGCUGAUGUAGCUGCUGCAAUUAUGCAAGAAGGUAUAGCACAUAUUUGUCUGAUAACAUCUAACAUGACAAUAGUUCGUGCAAAAAUUGAUCAAGUUAUACCAAGAAAAAGGAAAGGAAAUGUUUCGCAACAUGAAAAGGGCUUGGCACGAUUUUAUGAGAGUAUUAUGCAAGGCAUAUUAAGACACAUCAAUUUUGAUCUAGUGAAAUGUGUUAUCCUUGCCAGCCCUGGUUUUGUGAAAGAUCAGUUUAUGGACUACAUGAUACAACAAGCUAUUAAAUCUGAUAAUAAAAUUAUCUUAGAGAAUAAAAGUAAAUUUUUGCUAGUUCACGCCAGUUCAGGUUUUAAACAUUCAUUAAAAGAAGUUUUGGCUGAUCCUGCUGUAAUCUCCCGAAUUUCUGAUACCAAAGCAGCAGGAGAAGUAAGGGCUCUAGAAUCAUUUUAUACCACUCUACAAAUGGAUCCUGCCAGAGCAUUUUAUGGCAAGAAACAUAUUGAGAAAGCUAAUACCGCUCAAGCGGUAGAAACUCUACUUAUAUCAGAUAAAUUGUUCAGAUGUCAAAAUAUUGCAUUAAGAAAAGAGUAUGUGGAGCUAGUUGAAAAUGUGAAAGAUUCUGGUGGUGAUGUAAAAAUAUUUUCAAGUCUGCAUGUCUCGGGUGAACAAUUAGAUCAAUUAACUGGAAUAGCAGCUUUAUUACGUUUUCCCAUGCCGGAAUUGGAAGACGAAAGUGAUGAGGGUAGCGAUUCAGAAAAUGAUUAAAAAUAUAAUUAAUAUACUAUAAUAAUUUUUUGUAUAUAUAUGUGCUAUGAGCAAUC